GGUUAUCAAUCACCGGGUCCUGGUCAGUGAUUCCUGAGCAUCUCCAAAGGGGGGGGGGGGAGAACCUUUUGUAUACAAAACAGUUCUCUCCCCUGUCAGCUCCUGCAUACUGCUUUGCAUGACUGUGAUAUGCACAGCCAUGCAAACACUAACACAGCACACUUAGUAAAACGGUACACAGCACACAGUUAACCCUUUGAUUGCCCUACAUGUUAACCCCUUCCUGCCCAGUGCCAAUAGUACAGUGUCAGUGCUUUUUAUUAGCACUGAUCACUAUUUUGGUGUCCCUGGGGAUGUCAGUGACACCAAGUCAGUUGCCCUCAGUGUCAGAAUGUCUGCCGCAGUCCCGCUAUAAGUCGCUG